AUGCGACGUUGGCAAUUCUUUACACCAGAAUCUCUCAAUGAUAUGACUCAAGAUGGACUUGAACAAAUCUUUGGUCAAUACAUUCAAACUAUGGAAGCUUUUCGACCUAUUAACUUGGAUGAUGAUGACGAUGAUGAUGAAUUAUGGGCUGAUGAAGAAGUUUUGACACCUAGUGAUAAUCAACUUGAAUUGACCGAUAUGUCUUUAUCAUCUACUAGUACCAAAAGACCUACAACGACGAAAAACUCCUCAACUUCAUCUUCCUCUACAGAAAAUAAUCAAAGACGCAAAUCAUUAGCCAAUAUGCGAAAUCGUCUCAGCUGGACAAGUGAUACUGGACUCUCUGCAAACAGUGCUGUUGCUCAAACGUGGGCAAAUGAAUUGAUGACAAUGUUCAAUAUGGAAUUCCAAGUUGAUACCAGUCUUACUCUUAGUACUGCACCAAAAUUACCGGAGCUACCUUUUAGUUCACGACAUAAUCAACACAAACGCCGAUCACGAAAAUCUCAACGCUAUUCGACAGACUCUUUUAUGAACCUAAUACCGGCUUUUGAAACAUUUAAUUUGGAAGAACUUGACCGACAACUUCCCAUUGAUACAUUACAACAACAAUCAAAACCUGGACCAAUCCGAUCUUCUUCUCUCAAAUGCAAGUCUCAAUUUAAAUCUCAAGAUUCAUCACCAUCAGCAAAGAACAAGAGUACAGAUAUUUUGAAUGGUCUCGUCAGUGCUCUUAGUGGUGUCAAAGGUGAAAAGGCACUAUCCAAAAAAAAAUCUAUCCGACGAUUGGCGGCUUUGGUGACCGGUAACACAAACAAUAGCAAAAACAAUAGUCAUCUCUCUGUUGCUGGAAAUACAUCUCGUCUUUCUAUUGCUUCGACUUCAACUUUAUCAUCUACCAAUUCUGUUACGAUGAUUGCCACCAAAACGCCUUUAUUUCAACAACACAAACCGCUACCAGAAACUCCACCUAUUAUCAACGAAGAAAAUAUUACCAAACGUAGAACAAGUUACACCAUGGCCCGACCUGUUGUCGUUGAACAACUCUUAACAUGUAUGACUCAUGACGAUCCUUCAUCAUCAUCAACAUAUCUCUCAACCGUCACACCCAAACGAUCGAAAUCCGCCUUUAUGAAAUUAAGUACCGGACUGGGCAAAGGACAAAAAAAAGCAUCAUCAAGGAAAAACAGCACAUCCUCUUAUUCCACGAUAGAAGAAACCAACACUACGGAAGCAAACUUUGUGAAACGGAUGGCAUCUUUAGGAAAGCGGAUGAAAUUACAAAGGGUUUAA